AUGUUUGAUCCCGCCGCGGCGCCCGCAGGGAUGAGCGAUGGAGGGGCCGAGCCCGGCGGGAGCCCCGUGCUGCUGGCCGAGCCCGCGGCCACCGGGAGGGCCCGGGAGAAGCUGCCGACCCGGGCGGAGCUGGAGAGCGCCCUGCGCGCCGGCGGCGGCGGCGGCGGCGGCAGCGGCGGAGCCGCCGGCAGCUUCAAGGACAUCCCGGGAACGUCGGCGGUCAGCCCCGGCUCCUCCAAGCAGUGCGCCCCGGACACCGAGAGCCCGUCGGGGACCGGCGAGGCGGAUUACUGCCGCCGCAUCCUGGUGCGAGAUGCCAAAGGGACGAUCCGUGAGAUCGUGCUGCCCAAGGGGCUGGACCUGGACCGGCCCAAGCGGACGCGGACGUCCUUCACGGCGGAGCAGCUCUACCGCCUGGAGCUGGAGUUCCAGCGCUGCCAGUACGUGGUGGGCCGGGAAAGGACGGAGUUAGCGCGGCAGCUCAACCUCUCCGAGACACAGGUCAAGGUGUGGUUCCAGAACCGCCGCACGAAGCAGAAGAAGGACCAGAGCAGGGACUCUGAGAAACGCUCCUCCAGCACCUCCGAGUCCUUCGCCACCUGCAACAUCCUGCGGCUGCUGGAGCAGGGCCGCCUCCUGUCCGUGCCGGCCCCGCCGAGCCUCCUGUCCCCCCCUCCCAACCCCGUCCCUGUCGCCAGCCCCGCGGCCAGCCUGGCCCCGCCUGUCCCCGCGUCCCCUCCGGGGCUGGGCGGUGGCAGCGGCAGCCCCCCGGCCCCGCCGCCUUUCGGCCUGCACGUCCCUUCCCUCGCCGCUUCCUCCUCCUCCUCAUCCUCCUCCUCGUCCUCGUUGUCGCCGUCGCCGCGGCUGCCGGGGAGGCCGCUGUGUUUCGGGGGGCCGCUGCUGGGCAGCCUGCACGAUCUGCCCGCCCCGUACCCGCCCGGAGCAUCCGCGUUCGAGCCUUACACGCGGCUGGAGAGGAAGGACAAUUCUAUACCCAGCAAGAAGCCGAGCCCUUAAAAAAGAAACCCCCCCAAAAAAAAACAAAAACCCAAAAAAAAACCAACCCAGUAUCAAAAAGUGUCACCUCCCCCCCGCCACACCAAGCCCAGA